GCGCAUUUCCUUUAUAUUCAAUGGGUCGUUUCUUGACAAUUGGACUACUGCAAAGGUUUAGUGCAGGUUACAGUUAAGUUUAUAUUUUUAUAACUUUAGUUUCACACAUAAGAUUAACCAUGUCGGAAAAUAGAGAAGAGAUUUUGGCAGAUUUUCAAGCUUGCACGGGACUUGAGGAUGUAGAAGAAGCAAUAUUCCAUUUAGAAGAAACCAACUGGGAUUUAUUGAGAGCAGUAAGUAGAGUUAUGCCUCCAGAUACGCAAGCGUUUCAUGUUCGAAAUGAUCCAGAUGUAAUGAUAGUAGAAAAUGACCAAGAUAUACCAACUGUAGUGCCCAAACCUAUGCCAAUUGAAAAAGCUACUAGUGUCAUGGAUGUGGGUAAUAACAUAAGUAUUCCUCCAGCUAAAAAAAGAGACUUUUCAUCUUCAUCAAAAGACAGCUUUUUUCCAACUGCUUCAACUUCUAAGCAGUGUGCAUCCGGUUCUGCAUCUACCGGUCCCAAAAUGUUAACUUUCAAUAUUAAAUAUUGUGAUAGGGUUAUAAAAAUUAGGCUACCCGAUAGUGCAAAUUUAAAUGAUCUAAAACAAAGACUCUAUAAUGAAGUGAAUGUAGCACCAUGCAGACAGACAUUAUCAAGUUGGGCUAGAAUGCCAAACUAUGAGAAAACACCAUUCACUAAACUGAUGUUGCCACAGGAAAAUGAUCUAGUAUUAACUGUUAAAUCAUUAUCUGAUGGUGUAACACCAGAAGAAGAGAAUGCUGUUACUGAGAAACUGAAUGGCACUUAUACUCUUCAUGUGAAAUACGAAAAUAAAACGUAUGACUUAAAAUAUCAGGGCAUUAAAACUAUUCUACAGGUGAAGUCAGAUGUUUAUACCUUAACAAACAUACCAGCUAGACAUCAGAUUUGGAGUGGAUGGCCUCCGAAUAUAGAUGACAAUACAAUGCUGGCAUUGUCAGGAAUCAAUUAUCCAGAACACGAGGUGACAGUAAGAAAAAACCCUCAAGUUCAGCGCGAGAAACGGUCCAUGCCGCAGAUCGUUCAGAUUGACAGCGACGAUGACGAAUUCGAAGAUGCAUCAGAGAGUUUCAACGUGGACGACGACUAUUUCGUUGACAAUGACAACCCAACCAAAAAGCAGGAGCCCCUCAUACCGGAAAAUGUGGAGGACGAGCUGAUCGGCACGAUCACCUUCAACGAGAGGUUUACCGGUCGUUACGGUCCAAUACACCCGCCAUUCUUCCAAGGAACUCUCGAGGAUGCCCUCAAAGAGGCUUGUAAUAAACCUGCCAAAGAUCGUAAAAUUUUGGCCCUCUACCUACACCAUGACGCGAGCGUGUUAACCAAUGUGUUCUGCACGCAGUUGCUCGGUUUCGAGAGUAUCAUGCAGAUCCUAGAGAAGAACUUCGUGCUCUGGGGCUGGGAUAUCACCUUCGAGAGCAACAGACAAAAGUUCCACACGGCGCUGGCUAAUUGUCUUGGCCUUACCGCGCCACUCAGUCUCAGGAACAUUCCGGUAGACAGAUUGCCCGCCAUGGUGCUUAUAAUGAAGAUCAGAUCGGCCACAGAGAUAUUUAACGUCAUCAACGGUAAUGUUGGAGUAAAUGAACUGCUUUCUACGCUCAUCGAAUGUGUGGAAGUGUUCAGCGAACAUCAGAGUGUCGAAAUAAAAGAGGAAGCAGAAAGGGCUGAACGAGAAUUGGUCAAGUGGGAACAGGAUCAAGCUUAUCGCGAAAGUUUAGAAGCGGAUAGAGCGAAAGAGGAAGCGAAACAGCGACAAGAAAAAGAAGAACAGGAGGCGAGAAAGAAGAUCGAGAACGAGAAGGCGGAAACGGCGGCGAAAAAGGAGGCGUACAGGAAAGAGGUGGAGGCCCGGCUGCCUUCGGAGCCCUCUGCCGGACUCGGCGAGCAAACCAAGAUCAGGUUCAGAUUGCCCAAAGGCCUCAACAUAGAAAGGCGGUUCUCGGCAGAAAGUCCACUAAAAGUUUUGCUAGACUUUUUAGUUGUACAAGGAUAUCCAAAAGAAGAAUUCAAAGUUAUCUCAAGCUGGCCUCGAAGAGAUUUGACUGUCCUAGACGAGAACGAAACACUCAAAGAGUUAAAGCUGUGUCCUCAAGAAACUGUGAUAUUAGAAGAACGUUAAUUUAGUGUCGCCAGAGCGCGAGGUUGGAUUUUUUAUAACAGCAUUUAAACAAUUUGAUUACAAAUGUAUAGUUAGUUAAUAUAUUUUUAAUUUAAUGUAGUAUUACUCCAUUUAGUUACAGUAAUUUAAGUAUACUUACAGAAUUUGAUGUA